AUGAAUAGCAUUCCAAGAACUAUUCUUACAAUUUCAACGGAUCGAUAUGCCAAAGAAAAACGCAAAAUUUUAGAUACGGGUCAAAGGGCAUUCUCGACUUCUAAAGAUCAACAGCAUCUAGAUGAAUUAAAGGCCGAUAUAUUUAAUGCUAUUUUGAAAGUGAAAGAGUUAUAUUUGUAUCCACCUCUUAAGCUCAAUGUUUCAACCAGUUCCCAUGCAAUCACUGAUGUUACCCAAGUUGUUUUUUGGUUCGACGUGAUGACUCACAGAACUUUUGCCCAGUGCAUGCGGGACGCCGACUUUGUUAAUGGUCUUAGUGAUUUUCGGCGCCAUCUUAUUUUCCCUGCAUCAUAUGCUGAACACGAAAUUGAAAGCCUUAUGGAUAAGAACCAUUCGACAACCUUGGAGGAUAACUAUAAAUUAAUAUCUGAAGAGGAAUUAUCUCAGAGAAUUGAAAGUUUAAAUCUGCCAUAUGUAACGCACCACCUUUACCCAUACUAUCCUUAUUUGCAAAAGGGAUUAAUGAAAACGACAUAUGUAAAAGGCGCGCAUUUGCUCGCGACGUCGAUAACUUCUUUAAAGAGCAUUUACGCGACCUCUCACGGUUGGAUCAAUCCAAGAGUUCACUCAGUCAUGGUUACGAGAGACACUACUGUUUCUCAAAAACUUCAUUCCGUUGACAUUAAGACUCUGGAGAACGCCUACCGAACUUGGAUAACAGAAGGAGAGACUAUGCAAAUGUUAGAUGGAUUAUCGCUCCGAGCGCUCGAUCCUGACUUUUUAUCCAAGGUCCUAGCAUCAAUAAUGACGGAUCCAAACCGUCAACUACUUGCCAAGUCUGUUAUCGGUUUAGAGAGCUCAGUACAACGGGAAUGUAUAUGUCAUAUCGCCAUUCUGUGUUUAACGGAUAGCCAAUUGACCUCCUUAUACUGGAUUCAGGGCAUAGGGUCUACAGCUCAGAAAUACAUCACCAGGCGCACAAGUUUCGAUAAAAAAAUCACGUUACUUGCUUUGAUGGUUCGCAAAUCGUCAUCAUUAAUACCAAACAUUCGGACAAGUCUCGAAGAAAUGUUUCGCCAAAUUCCUGGCUGCACAGAAGAUUUAGACUUUAUGACGAUAGAACAAAAGGAUGUACACCUACUGGUGAACGCUUUCUCAUCCUUUAAUGAUGAUUUUCGACCGCGGGCAGAGAUUAUCUCAGAAUCUAAAAACAUACAUGUACCCGCGGCAAGUCUUUAUCAGUUUACAUGUGAAAUUUUAGCUGCUGAAAAUGAAACUUUUCCUAUCAAAGUAUCAAACUUACGCCAAGCCCUUCUUGCAUCAGCAGUUGAUUCAGCUUACGAUCCAGAUACUAAAAUGUUUGAUAACGUCAAUGGGGUAGUUUCCUCCACUUCAAUGACUUUAAAGAAAUCCAAAAGUGGAAUGCGAUGUCAAAAAUAUUCAAAAGAAUUUAACACCAUUCCGGAACGAAUUACACCGCGCGAUGAAGCGUUGCUCGAAUUUAACCAGCAAGCCGCUAUCUCGAAGCAAGAUAGUGUGAAGAGGAACGGGAAUACAAAGAAAAACACUUAUAAUAAUACCGUGGAAGACUUUGGUCAGCAAAUCAAAUUCAACUCAAGUUUUGGAAGUGUUGAAAGUGACCAACUAUUCAAUGAUACAUGGAAGAAUGUGGAACAAUCUCACGAAAAUUUCAUGAAAAGCAUUGGAAACACUAACCAACUUGAAAAACUAGUAAAUUCAUUUAAUGAAGCAAUCAAAGGAGGCCAGAGCACGGUCAAUUCUCAAAACCCAGGUUUUGAACAGAAGUUUAACAGAAAAUUCUGGGUGUCACUUGAGAUGCCCGCUACAUUGGCCACAGAGGGUAUCGUGGUGAACUACGAUAUUGUUGCCAGUUUAAUUGUUGUAAAACCUCACGGUAUUAAAAGAACAAUCAAAAACGCUCUUAAUAAUUCGGCAGAUGUUGACUCGGUCAGACCCGAUUCUACUCAGAAGUUCUCGAAGAGGUCAAAAAAAAUCACGAAUAAAAUUUGCACCGAAAUCAAAAUAGAUAAAUCUAUGCAAAUUGAGUAUGGCAAAACGCAUAGUUGGCUUCAGAGGUUAUGCGAUGGGCUUUUCAAUGUUGUUGGAAAUUUGAGCCAUUCUCAGACCGAAUUUUUGCCACAGAUUAAUAAUUUUAAUCCAAUUGAGACGCGUCUUCGGAAGCAUGCUGAUCAAAUAAUCGAAGCGAAAUGGGACACAUUGGAAGGUUGCACUGCGCGUUGUCCUACUUGUGAUUCAAAAUGUGAAGAUAUUAAAGGCACCAGACAUACACAUCGUACCUCUGCACAUGUGAUCACGGCUUUUGGAGGAUAUAGGAAUGUGCACAGCAGAGAAACAGGCUUGGUUGUUUGUUCUGAAAAAGCAGCACACGAGUCGCUUUGGAAAAAGCCUAAAGAUGUUGCGGAUAGCGAGAUAAGAAAUAUGCGUGGUGUAUGGUGGCAUCUUAGAGAGGAAUGGUGUGAAAAAUAUGGUAUGAAGGAAAUAACGCCAGCGGAUUGGAAUUUCAAUGAUCCUAUCCGUUACAGAAAGAAUUCUCAACCAUCAUCGCCAUCGGAGAAAGAAUCGUCAUCAUCAGAGGAAACGUCACCGGAAGAUUUAGAAGAUGCAAUGGUUGAACUAACAAUUUGGUGCCCUGAUGAAAGAUUCAACGAGAAGAAUCAAAGCAAUGAAGCCGGCGGCGAUGUUGAAAGAAGGAAUCGCCGAAAACUGGCGAACAAAGAACCCACAAAGUCAACCUCGAAAAUAAUGAAACCACAAAUGAAGGAUAAACUUAGACCGGGAGACAAGAUAGUGCAAGACAUAUACCUACAACUGGCGAAAAUCGAGGAACUCUUCCCAGUCGACUCUCACGAAGAACUAGAGGAAACCACACAAGGAGAUCAAGGCUUCGGAUCCACGGACCGACCAGUUAUUAUAAAUUAUUUAUAA